CCCGCCAUAAGCUGCUUCUUCAGAGGGGUUACCUUGUUGAGACACCUGACAUCCAUUCCAUGUCCUGCUUUCACCAAGCGUCCCGAUCCCGUCCCGUCCACUUCUCUUCUCACUUCCCUCAUCUUCGGUCCUGUGUCCCACGUCUUUGUUCCUAUUGGACCAUUCUCACUUCCUCCUCCGCCGUCGUCCGGAGCUCUCCCGUGACAUCUCCGUUCUUCGGUGCCUAGCUCACAAUCAACUUGCGCAAGAGCUUACAUCUUUGUCAGAGUCAACAAAAGCAAUUUCUUCAGCGGCGCAACUCGAUCAUGCCCGCCCUCACAAUCAACACCGACAACCCUCCCAGCAAUAAUCCCCCUUCUCCGACCCGACCGCCUGUUUCCCCUAUCACACCUCCCUUGCGUCCUACCCAACGCCCCUUGACCGAAGCUACAAGCGCAAGCGCCGGCGGUCAUCCAAGCCUUACACAUUCACAACCCGACCAGACUGCGAUACCACCGCCUGCACCUCAACCAAUAGCCUUUGAUUCCAACCCAGACGUCAUUGCGCUCAAGUCAGCGAUUUCCAUUCUACAAAUUCAGCGACAGCGCGCUACUGCCGACAUCCAAGCUCUCAGUCGCGCAAAAGACGAAGCUGUCCAGGACCCUGAAGCUUUCGUAAAAGACCUUGUCGCAGGAAAGAUUAAUGCGCCCGAAGAUGAUAGCGAUAGCGACGAUGAAGAUACAGGGAUGAGCGGUCAAGGCAGCGGUAAUCAACAAGGCCCCGGUGAAGGGUCCUCCAAGCAGCGCAUCGCUACCCAACCACCAGCAUGGACGAAUCUUCCCCAGCCGCAAAAUGUGGUUCGCUGCCCGCCCAUCAACUGGUCGCAAUACGCUGUGGUCGGUGACUCCCUCGACAAACUUCACAACGAACAAGUCACGCGUCCCAACCAGGGCACACCAGCAGCGAUAGGCGUAAACGGCAUGUACGAAUUCAGAGGUGAAGGGAAGCAAGAGAGAUACCAAGGUGUGGCGGCGCCCUAUAACCCAACCCAGGACCGCCUAAGCAAGAAGCCCAAGAGUAGGAGGUCAUGAGAAAUGAUGGCACCAUGAUUUACGAAAGAAAUCGCAUACACAGAUUCCAAAUAUUGUCUUUGAGCGGAACUUUGAUGCAAUGGAUACAUCAUAUUCACAUAUCGGCGUUAGAGAAUAGAUGGUUGGCGUUUCAUAGGGUGCAAACAAUACAACCCGACAUUUCGAUUAUGCUGAUCACUUAUUCUGGUAACAUUGGCAACGAAACCAAACAAGCAAUUAUGUUGGAUUUGAAAUUUGUGUACUGAGCAACUUGCAAAAGGAAAGCCGUAUGUAAUAUGUUAACCUCUUAAUCGUGCUUGUGUUUGAAGAAACAUCUUCAUUACAGG